UCGUACACUGGUUCACUGUAUCGCCUGGGUGGACAGUAUAGUUACUUCUACAUUAAAUGGAAUAAAAUGCCGCGGAUUCGUAUAAAUAGAGACGUCGCUUCAGCGUAAUUAAUCGUUUCGUGUUAAUUAAGACAGGUUGCCUCUGGAGCGGGUGGUGGCAGGCCUAUUUUCGGUUUUUAUCAGCAAUAUUUCAGGGAGAGGAACAACGUCCUCACCACAGCAGCUGCAGGGAAGGUUGUCAGUUUUGUCCCUGUUGAGAAAACGAUGAACUGAGGACCCCCCCCACUUCUCAACCUCGCACAUCUCUUCAGCACCCGCUCUUCACUGUCACUGCCCUUCAGUAAAGACGUCAACCACGCUGCCUCACCGCACCUCUGCAGAGAAAUGUGUGUGCGCGUUUAUCCUCGGAUGCAUGACUGUGUCUGACUGUUUUUGGGCUGAAGAAAGAGGUAGCAGGUUGCACUUCCUCUCUCACCCUCUGAGAGGCACUUCUUUACGUGACUGACUUCAACAUUUGUCUCCAAAACUACAAAGCAUCAUGGGUAGGAAAAAGAUUCAGAUCCAACGGAUCACCGAUGAAAGGAACAAGCAGGUCACAUUCACAAAACGAAAGUUUGGCUUGAUGAAGAAAGCCUACGAACUGAGUGUAUUGUGUGACUGUGAAAUUGCCCUCAUCAUUUUCAACCAUGCGAACAAGUUGUUCCAGUAUGCCAGCACUGACAUGGAUAAGGUCCUGCUCAAAUACACCGAGUACAAUGAGCCUCACGAGAGCCGGACCAACGCAGACAUCAUAGAGACUUUGAGAAAGAAAGGCUUCAAUGGUUGUGACAGUCCAGAGCCGGACGGUGAGGACUCGAUUGACCAAAGUCCCUUAAAUGAUGACAAGUACCGCAAGACCACCGAGGACCUGGAUGUUCUCUUCAAACGCUACGGACAGUCCACAGCUCCACCUCAGACGUUCUCCAUGCCGGUCACAGUCCAGGCGUCCAAUCAAAGCACACUGCAAUUCAGUAACCCUGGCAACGCACUGGUAACUACCUCCUAUGUAACAUCAUCAACGCUUACGGAUACCCACCUCCUGUCACCACAGCAACCGGCUCUUCAGAGAAACACGGUGUCUCCUGGGUUGCCACAGCGACCAGCCAGUGCAGGUGCUCUUCUUGGAGGAGACCUGAAUAAUUCAAAUGGAGGAUGCCCAAGUCCAGUCCCUAAUGGAUACACCAGUGCCAGGGCCUCCCCAGGCCUCCUCACCGUCUCCAACGGCAACAGUCUGGGGAAAGUAGUUCCGGCCAAGUCUCCACCCCCACCUCCCAGCCCCCAGAUGGUCAACAGCCGCAAGCCAGACCUCCGAGUCAUCACCUCGCAGGGUGGGAAGAGCCUCAUGCAGAUGACAGAGGAUGAACUGGAAUUGGUAAACGAGAACGCUCAGCGGCUGGCAGCUGGAGCCCAGGUGGCACAAACGCUCACCACACCGGUGGUUUCUGUAGCCACACCGAGCCUCCUGGCACAGGGGCUGCCCUUCUCCGCCAUGCCGACAGCGUACAACACAGAGUACCAGCUGACCAGUGCAGACAUCACUGCUUUACACGCUCUGGCUUCACCUGGCGGUUUGUUGCCAACCAGCGUGUCCACAUGGCAACAGCAGCAGGCCGUUUCCCAGCAACCGCAACAACAACAGCAGCAGCAAACACAGCAACAGCAGCAACAGCAGCUUAAUCUCGCAUCGCUCAGCAACUUGGUCAUGUGGGGCGUGGACAAACAGAGCAGCGAGCUGUCUAGCCAGGUGUCCAGUCUGGCUGCCAAUCUGAGUGUUGGCUCUCCGUCCAACCUGCUCUUGGGUAGAGAUGAGUGGUUGGGCCGGCCUGUGACCCAUAUCUCUCAAGGCGCCAUGUUGACCGUCAACACAAACUCGAGCGUGAGCAUCAAAUCGGAGCCAGUGUCGCCCGGCCGGGACCGCAGUACCCCUUGCCCUCCUCCCUCAUCCACCACACCAUCCUCGACCUCAGGAGGCGCCAUCCUUACCGCUCCGCCGCAGUACCCGGGCUCUCUGCUGUGUCUGGAGCCGCCCACCGGCCGCUCGCCCGCCGACAGCGUCAGCAGCAACGCCAGCUCCUUUGAAGGAAGCGACCGUGAUGACUCCGGUGCGGCCGGCGGCGGAGGCGGAGUCACCACGGCCGGCGCCGCAGGAGGCGUCAAUCCAGCGAACCGGUCCGUGCCGCCUGACUUUAGCCCCUCGGCCGAGCUCCUCAGGGCGUCGAACGAACCAGAGCAGGAGGGAGGCAACAUCAAACGCAUGAGACUGGAACCCUGGGUCACAUAGAGGCAGCGGUCGGACGCCUCUGCAGCCCCCCAGUGAAGAUUUGGUGACACUUAAACACCCACAACACACCCACACUCAUCCCUGAAUCCCCACUGCCAUGUGACACUAUCACCACACAUCUGCCUCUGUCCACAGUUAUACAACCGUCUACUCAGCUGCAUCACCCAGACUUAGGCUUUGCCAAAACACACAAAACAUGAAAAAAAAAUAAAAAACAAAAAUCCUUUGGGGAUCAUGCUCGGAGUGAGGGAGGAUGGUUUAAUACUCAGCUGGAUAUUUUGUCCCAGGUAGGCCCUUAAACAGAGGGACAGUAGAUUUUUAACGCCUUUAGCUUGAAUGGACUCCCGUAUAGAUACUUCUUUUAGUCGAAAUAAGGUGUUAAACCUUUUUUGCAAUUUGACAAAACCAUAUAAACAUUUCUAUGACAUGGUUUCUUCAUCAUUUUCAUGUAUUUACAUCAAGCUCUGCUGCGUUGACAUGAGCGGUGGCAGCAUAGUUGAACUCUGACUCGCCUCUUCUCUUUACAACCUCACAUCAUUUGGGAUGUGUGCUGUCCAUCCUCCAUAAGUCACUUCCAAACGGCACUUUUGGAAAUGCCUUUAUCCGGAUGGGUUUGGGGACUGAGUAUUUAUUUGGCACUGAGCGAAGACUUCAGCAGGGUCGUUUAGAAAAGGAUCGUUCACCACAAACUGAUAUUUCGUGCUGCCACAUUUACCACCCUCGAGCACCCAGCAGCUGUGGAGCCGAGCACCUUGCCAGAGUGCCAAUAUCAACCUCAAAAAAAAAAAAAAAAAACAGAAAACCAGAAAAAAAAUAUGCCAAAUGCCUCUCGCACACGGUGCAGGGACACUGACAAAUUAUCACUCGCACUGUCACGGAAAUGACUAGGACUAGUUUAUGGAACUGUCGACGCUUUUCAGGCUUUGGGCUCAUCACUCUGUCCUCAGACCGGGUGCUCCUCCCGUCCCGUCACCUCCUCUGGAACUCGGAUGGAAACUGUCGCACCAGAAAAAUCCAGCCGAUCCCUCAGAUUAUUACCAGGAGUAGAUGCCAUCCAGUUAAUAAACGCGUAGUAUGAGGUUUUGAGCCUCGGUGGCUUUUUUGGUAGGCGAGUAUUUGGUUCUUUCAGUCCAAGUGUUCUUUAUCUGUUGGUAUUUUAAAAUCUGUUUUGAAGGUCCAUUAGUUGUCCAGAAGUAGGACUUUGUAUAAAAUCACUCCUUAUACAAAAGCUUUGAUGUCCUCUUUAGCUCUCUCUAGCUCUCCUUUAGCUCUUUGCUGUGUUUCAAAAAGUGAAAGGAAAAGACGUUUUCUAUAUUUCUACCGCUUCAGUUCAGCGACAAAGUAAAAAUGGCUUUUCAGCUUCAAUGACGUGUAUGUACAUAUGAAUAUAUUUGCAUAGACUUUGCUAGGUAUCCCUAAAAACAAGCAAUGUGUUGAUUCUCAGUGGAACUGUUUGCAUAUAUGAGUGUGAAUUUGAUAUGUUUCGAACUAUGGUGCAGGGGUUAACGCCACACUUUGUCGUGGUGGUGGAUCGGACUUGUUUCAGUAAACCUAUUUUAUGCUAGUGUUGAUGGUGUGUGCACUCUCUUCUCUCUCUCUCUCUCUCUUUCACAGAGGCCUGCUUGGUUGUGGUGUCAUCAUAUUCUCUUUGCCACACAUUUCUAAACCCACGGUCGAAGUAAAGUUGUCCAUAAACACAUGAACAUGAAACCAUUACGACACUGCCACUCACUUAUAGCGUAGUUAAGAGAUUAAGACACUUCAUUUUUUCAGAUUCAUGUAAAGACUCUUCCACAUUAAGCACACACACACUUACUGAUUAUGCCUUUCACUUUGAAAUUAAGUCAAGAAAUUGGCUACUAAGUGCUGUGUCGUUUGUUUUUUAGUACACAAGUUUUGUCAUGACCAUUUCAUGUGUGUAUGCGUAUAUGUACACGAGUCGUUUAUAGUCAAAAAAUAGACGUUUUCUCCCAGUUGCUAGACUUUUUUUUUCCUCCUUUAGACGAUGCUCAAAGUGCAGACUGUUGAGGCUAUUUUCAGUCCUACAUGGUUAAAUCUGUGUAGGUGAAGUCGAGGAAGUGGAUACAGUGCAAAAAAAAACAAAAACAAGAAAAGACGUUAGCUUUACAGCCCACAGAGUGAAACCCAGGUUUGACUUUGACUCCGUGGGUUUUUGCGGCGAGCGACUUUUAGACGUUUCCUCUCUUUGCUGAGGCCCGGUGAUGUUUUCCAUGAUCCGGUCACUUUUCCGUCCCUGAUUUGAUGGCGUCAAGGGUAGUUUAAUUUUUCUUUCUCACUCUUAAUCAUUUGUUCUUUCAUCAUCAGCCCUGUUGAACUGUUAAACAUGAGGUAUUUUCACUGAACUCGCGCUGGAUUGUUGAAGAUUUCACUGAUGAGCAGCAGCAGCAGCCGCCUUCAGGCAGAGCUAAUGAUUUCUUACCACUGAGUCAUCUCCAUUUUUACAAAAAUAUAAUUUCCAUGGAAACCGUUUGUGGGCGCUGAUGGUUGACUGAAAUGUGACACCACACCGAUUGGUUUUAGCAUCCUGCAGCGAGCAGGUUUGUUUGUGUACAAAGGUUCUCUGUCCAAUCUAGCAGUGUAGUCACAAGACAAUCUAUAUGAGAAAUGAAAACCUGCACCCCUGUUACUCGUUGUGUACAAUGUUUUUUAGAAUCUCACUAUUUUUGGAUUAAGUUGUGCUGGUGACAGUUCCAUUGUCUAUUAUUAUAAUGAUAUUAUUAUGGAGCUUUUAUUUUAUUGCUUUUUUGUGUAGGAUAGCCAACUGUUUUUUUCCUUCUUCUUUUAUCUUUCUUAUCAUAAACAUAUAGUACUGGUUUCCUUUUUUCAAACAACUUGCUGAAAAUUGCACGAUCAGUUAUUGUGGUAUUAGCAAAUGCAAUGAAGGAAAUACCAGUUAAAUGCUGCAGUUUUAAUUAAGAUAUAGAAUAUAUUUAUAAAAACGGGAAACAACUGAAAAUUAGUAAUUCAUAAAAUUUGAAACAUGUAAAUGCAUGGGAUGCAGGUAACAAAACGUAUGUUACGUACAGUAAUGAUAAAGGACAUGCAUCACAAAUGAGUUUGAACACAACUCAGAAUAAUGUAGCAUAUGAAAUACUAAAGAUGAAAUUUAUAGCUAAUAUAUUGUGUUGAGCUAGUCUGCUUUGGGUUUUUGUUGUAAAGAAAAUAUUCUUUUUGUUGUUUUUUUGAGAAUGAUAUACAGUUUGUGUAUAUUUUCAUAUACAAAGUAUGCACUGAUAUGUUAUUGAAAUUCUAUACCGCUUUUACAAAAAAGUGUUUGUUGUACCAAAGUAUCCAAGUCCCUUGAAACCUUAUCCUUUUUGCGUAUGUUUUACCGUAUUUUAUAUAUUAAAUAGACAAACUGAGUGAAAC